AUGUUAGCGACCCUGAUCAUUGUUCUGCUUCAGGCAGUGUUCAUUUUUGGGUGUGGUUUACCUGCUGUAACACCUGACACCAGUAGGAUUGUGAAUGGAGAGGAUGCUCGUCCCCAUAGCUGGCCUUGGCAGAUCUCACUGCAAGUAAAACAUGGCAGCCGCUUCCAUCAUACAUGUGGAGGAACCCUAGUUGCACCUCGCUGGGUGCUGACUGCUGGACACUGUAUCUGGCCAGGAGAUGUGUACCGUGCGGUUUUAGGAGAGCAUGACAUGAGCCUGCAGGAGGGGACAGAGCAGAUCAGAGACAUCCUCCGCAUUGUUGUCCACCCUGAUUGGGACAUCGACCGUGUAGCUGAUGGUAAUGAUAUUGCCCUGCUGAAACUGGAUAGGAGCCCCCUUAUGAACAACAAUAUCGGCAUGGCUUGUCUUCCUCAGGCAGAAGAAAUCCUCGUCCACGGGACCCAGUGUUACAUCUCUGGCUGGGGCAACCUCUACACCCAUGGCCCCAUGCCUGAUAGAAUGCAGCAGGCCUUGCUUCCUGUGGUGGAGCACAGUGUUUGCAGUCGCAGCGACUGGUGGGGCAACACUGUGAAGAGCACCAUGGUCUGUGCAGGAGGCGACGUCAUUUCUGCAUGCAAUGGGGACUCUGGAGGCCCUUUGAACUGUCUGGGUCAGGAUGGUAGGUGGUACAUUCAGGGCGUAACCAGCUUUGUGUCCUCGUCGUUGUGCAACGAAGUCAAGAAACCCACUGUCUUCACCCGCACCUCUGCCUUUACAGACUGGAUUAAUGAGGUGAUCCAGAAUUACUGAGGCCCUUCUGGAUGCCAGCACCCACAAAUAAUCGGUGCAAAAUGUUAGAGUUGGAAAAUUGUUAAUAAAAGUUGACCUAAUGGGC